AUUGUAACAUUUGAAACAAGAGCAUGGUUGAAGAGGAUCCUUGUUGUUUGCCUCGCGUAAUUGUGUGGCGUCUGUCAUCUUCUGUUCCUCUCUCACCAUCGCCGGCAAUCCACUCGCCCUAAGAAAAUAUUCGAUGCGUUCACUUCUUAACGCAGACCGCUGAGACUCCACCGGAAGAAGCAGAAGAGGAAGAAGAAGAAGUGGAGGAUGGUCCCGCAACACGAAGAAGGAGAGAAGGAGAUCGAGUUGGAAUCUUCCAGCGUCAAUUCCAGCUCUCUGACGACGGCACCCCCGCCUGUUCCAGCCUUGGUGCUGUCCAACUCCGGGAAGCGAAUUGACCAUGCUGCAUCGGCGACGGGGUCUCCGACGGGAUUCCCGGUGUUGGUCCUAUCGAGUUCCGGUAAGCGGAUGGACCAGGCUUCCUCGUCGGCGGCGUCCCCCACGACGGCUCCAGCGCUGGUACUGUCGAACUCGGGGAAGCGAGUGGACCCAGUGGGGAAGAAGAAGUAUGUGAAGCAGGUGACAGGCCGACACAACGACACGGAGAUCCACCUCGCGGCCCAUCGCGGAGACCUUGCCGCGGUCAGGCAGAUUCUCCGCGAGAUUGAUGCCCAGAUAACGGGGGAGGAGGGCGCGGCUGAGUUCGACGCCGAAGUGGCUGAAAUACGCGCCGCAAUGGUGAACGAAGUGAACGAAGUAGAGGAGACUGCACUUUUCAUCGCUGCCGAGAAGGGUUUUCUUGAUAUUGUUGUUGAGCUGUUGAAGUAUUCGGAUCGGGAGAGCCUCUCCAGGAAGAACAGAGUGGGCUUUGAUGCUCUCCAUGUGGCUGUAAGAGAAGGGAAACAAGAAAUUGUCAAGGUACUUCUAGAUCAUGAUCCAAACCUCAUCAAGACAUUUGGUCAGUCAAAUGUGACUCCCCUUAUAACUGCAGCAAUAAGAGGUCACACUGAAAUUGUGAACAUGCUGCUAGAACAAGAUGAAAGCUUGAUUGAAUUGUCAAAAUCUAAUGGAAAAAAUGCUUUGCAUUUUGCUGCCCGGCAAGGGCAUGUUGAAAUUGUAAAAGCACUGCUCCAGAAGGAUCCACAGCUUGCUAGGAGGACUGAUAAAAAGGGGCAAACUGCUCUGCACAUGGCAGUCAAAGGAACAAAUUGUGAGGUUGUUGAUGCCCUUGUGGAUGCUGAUGCAGCCAUAGUGAUGCUACCUGACAGAGCCGGUAACACAGCUUUACAUGUGGCGACAAGAAAAAAACGACCAGAGAUAGUUAAGGCUCUCCUAAAUCUCCCAGAUACAAAUGUAAAUGCUCUAACAAGGGAUCAUAAAACUUCUCUUGAUAUUGCUGAAGGCCUCCCGCUAUCAGAAGAAUCAGCUGAGAUAAAGGAGUGGUUGGCUCGUUAUGAUGCAGUCAGGGCAAAUGAACUUAAUCAGCCACGCGAUGAGCUCAGGAAGACUGUAACUGAGAUUAAAAAGGAUGUCCAUAUACAGUUGGAGCAAACCCGAAAAACCAACAAAAAUGUGCAUGGCAUUGCCAAGGAACUCAGGAAGCUUCACAGAGAAGGCAUCAAUAAUGCAACCAAUUCCGUCACUGUGGUUGCUGUGCUCUUUGCAACUGUUGCAUUUGCUUCAAUUUUCACCGUGCCUGGUGGAACUGAUGAUACAUCUGGGAUAGCAACAGUGGUGCGAUCUGCCAGCUUCAGAGUUUUCUUCAUUUUCAAUGCUCUUGCCCUGUUCACUUCACUUGCAGUGGUGGUGGUUCAGAUAACAAUUGUCAGGGGAGAAACAAAGGCGGAGAGGCGUGUUGUGGAGAUUAUUAACAAGCUUAUGUGGCUGGCUUCUGUCUGCACUACAGUAGCUUUUAUAGCCUCUUCAUACAUUGUCUUGGGUCGGCGCGCCAAGUGGGCAGCUAUUUUGGUUUCGUUAAUUGGUGGACUAAUAAUGACGGGUGUUCUUGGUACCAUGACUUUCUAUGUGGUGAAGUCAAAGCGCACUCGCACCAUAAGAAAGAGGACAAAAUCAUCCAGGAGCGGUUCAAACUCAUGGCAGAACAACUCGGAGUUAUCAGAUGCUGAGAUUGAUAGAAUUUAUGCCAUUUAAAAUGAGCUUUCUGUUUGUGUUAUGUUCCAUCUACUAAUACCUUAUCAUACUGCUCAUAGACCCAAGCUUGCUUCUUAGCAUAGUAUGAGAGAAUGAUCGCGUCUGCUGCCAAAUACCCCCAUUAUAUUAUAUUAUACUGUGUCGUUGCAAAGAACACUAUGAUUUAACUUUCCAGUCUUGAAUUGGCUUUUAUAGACAACUUACUAUAGUUGAAGUCCA